GGAGGGGGUGUGUCUGUGUCCCAUACGGGUAUCUGCCUCGGAGAGACCGAGCAGAGGCGGGAAAUGGCGCCUGCUAACACAACGGUGUGUCAUUUUAGAGACGGCCCUUGAGCAGAGAGGGAAAAGUCGGGAUUGGAUCAAGAAAACAACCGCUGCCUGAGUUAUGAUGGUUGGUCGGUGUUGAGCCUUUACCGUUCCAGACACCGCGGAUCACUGUAAACCUUACAUGUGACUGCUCAAACAAUGAGGCUGAGAAUGCGAAAAGCGUCUCAGCAACCGAACCCCAACGUGGCAAACCGCCCAUCCAGGACCAAGCGGAGGCAUUCAGAAGUAGAAGAAGACACUCCAACCAGUGGUGGGAGGGGCAUAUUUUCAACCAUCAAAAAGUUUAUCAGAGGAAAUGCUGUAAAGGUUGAAAGCCCAGCUAAGAAAGCACGGCUCCAUUGUGAUGUGGACAACAACCUGAUCACCUCUACGCCUACAGACACAAACAAUCCUCGCAAAACUAUCAGCAGGGUUGGCAGAAGAGGUUCUAUCAAUGGAGAAGCAACCAAUCAUAAUAGGAACAAGGAAAAGCCCAAUGGCAGUCUGGAGGAGACAAAGGCAGCUGAGUUGACAACCAGUCCUCAAAGAACCACCCUUUUAGGGACCAUCUUUUCCCCGGUCUUUAACUUCUUCUCACCAGCCAAAAAUGCUCCGUCUGGCUCCGACUCUCCAGACCAGGCACUGGAGGCUGAGGAGAUUGUCAAGCAACUGGACAUAGAGCAUGGAGAGGAGACACCCACCAGCACAGCCACAUCCACGCAGGAGCUUUAUGCUACCACUAACUAUUACUCCAGUGUUACACAGCUGCCACCUCUACAACAUCCACACAUCCCUGAAGCAUCUCCCACAGCAGAGGAGGUUGAGGUUGAUGCAGUUUCAGACCUUCCACCUCUCACAGCCCCAGGAUCAAGUCCAGAUAUGACAUAUGUAGACUCGCCUCCCCCCACAGUACCACCAGAAGCUUCCUAUGAGGAAGACUGGGAAGUCUUUGACCCGUACUUCUUCAUUAAGCAUGUUCCACCACUGACAGAAGAGCAGCUCACCCGCAAACCAGCUUUGCCACUGAAGACACGCAGCACACCGGAAUUCUCUUUAGUUCUAGACCUGGAUGAAACAUUGGUCCACUGCAGUUUAAAUGAACUAGAGGAUGCAGCACUUACCUUCCCUGUUUUAUUUCAGGAUGUCAUUUACCAGGUCUAUGUGCGCCUGAGGCCGUUUUUUAGGGAGUUUCUGGAACGAAUGUCUCAAAUCUAUGAGAUCAUCCUUUUUACAGCCUCCAAAAAGGUGUAUGCAGACAAACUGCUAAACAUCCUGGAUCCUAAAAAGCAGCUAGUGAGACACAGGUUGUUCCGUGAGCAUUGUGUCUGUGUCCAAGGAAAUUACAUCAAGGAUCUCAAUAUCUUAGGGCGAGAUCUGUCCAAGACCAUCAUCAUUGACAAUUCACCACAAGCCUUUGCAUAUCAGUUGUCCAAUGGGAUCCCCAUAGAGAGCUGGUUCAUGGACAAGAAUGACAACGAGCUGCUGAAGCUGGUGCCCUUCCUGGAGAAGCUGGUUGAGAUGAAUGAAGACGUGCGGCCACAUGUCAGAGAACGGUUCCGUCUUCACGAUCUGCUGCCCCCAGAUUGAAUCCACUCAGACUCUCAUUGUGGGACAACAUGGGGGAAAAAAAUUUCAAACAAACGUGUGUAAAAAGUCCCUCUUUGGAUAAUGACUGACAACAUUGCCAGUACUCUUAAAAGAUCAAGCUUUUUUUGAUUUGUUUUAAAGCCAUUACUUUAGAAGACGAAACAAAAUUUAAGGAACUGGGUGACAUUUUUCUAAAAGAAAAAAUUUAAGUGUACAGAUGAUGUGACAUAUGCUUUGAUCAAGCCCAGACAGACUCCUCUCUCCAACCGACUCUUGCAGCUGUGGAGCCAAAAGUCGUCUCCGCGUUAAACUGAAGUCUUGGUGCUGAUUGAGUGGAUGUGGGGGAGGGGGGAACACCAUCUUAAAGAGGAACUCACAAACCCACUGAGUCUCUGAACACAAAUCAAACCCUGGUGCUCACACAGUUAAUGCUGAAGAAAAGCCACACUCUGUGGCCACUAUUUCAAGUGGAAGAGACUGACCCAUCAAUCAAUUUCUGCAUGUGUGUAUGUUUACCCAAAGUCCCCCCCAAAACACACACACACAAACAAACACACACACUUAAGCUGAAUUGAUGUCUGGCAAAUCUUCAACCUGUAGCUUUUUUUAAACAUGCAUUCCUGUGUAGCUGAGUCUAACUUUUUUUUAUUGCUGUUUCUUUUCUGGUCAAACCAUGUUUUGUUUUAAGGAGUUUGUCAGAAAGUUGUCUUUUUAUAAGGUGACAAUAUUUUAAAAGGUUUGUUACUCUUUGUUGUGAUCCAUUCUUCCUAUUUGGAGAACAUGGUUUGGUGUAAAUGAAUUCACUGCAGAGUUGGAGAGAAUGACAUUUUUUGAAUAUUUACUGUUUGAGGCAGAUUUAAAUAAGUGUGUUGACAGUACUGUGGAAACAGUGGGGCUUACUAGUUAUAUGUAAGGAUAAAAAAGACCUUAAAUCAUGUAAACACACUCUAACAACAUAAUGGACUGAGGGCAUUCUUUUUCAGAGAUGAUUUCCAUGCGUUUGGUUUGAUUUUGUGUUGUUUUUUGACGAUAUUUGGCUUCUCUAUAAUUAGUAUUGUCUUUGACUCUUAUCACAUGUUCUGGAUAAAUCACACUUCUGUUUCUUCUCUCUGUAGUCAUUUUCUCCUGGUUAUUGCAGUAGCAUUAAGGCUAAUGUAGCACAUCCCUGCCAGCGUGUCUUGAUCUGCGUGUGGUAUAAAAAUAUAUAUACUGUAUAUCUCUGACCAAGAAGACCCUGCACCAGCCCCACCCUGUGGCACCAGCAACACAAGUGUUUUUACCCUCGGCUUCACUCGCCUGUUUCAUACUUUCGUUUUUAACAGCCCCACCUCCCCCACGCCCUCAGCACAUGUAUUAAGUCUGUGUUAAGACGAUAGACAAAAUCAAAGUGUUUCUGGCCGUCUUUAACCUGCGCACGACCCAAACUGAAAUUUCACUCCCGUUGUUUCAUCCUAAUUUAUUUAGCAGAGCAACAGUGGUUCCAGGUCCCACGGUAGGAGUGGUGUCUUUACCAUGUCCACAGCUGUGAGACACAGGUCAGUCAGUUGAAUCUUAUCAGUCAUUGGUCAAACCUGUGACUGUAAACGAGGUCUGGUCUGCAGCAUGAUUUGGGUUUGCUUGUCCAGUGCCAUAAAGACCUGCCC